GCUGUAUCCUCUUCUUUCUCUCACUCCCCCUAUCUUUUACACACUCCUUUCCCAAUUCUUUCUUGACCUCCUGAUGUCUUGCGCAAACCGAUACCGCCCUUCGAUACCCCCCCCCCCCUGGCCCACCGCCACUUUCUUGCUUUCCCCGCUGACUGUAAUAUACACACAUAUCUCCGUGACGCGCUCCGCCUACGUUUGUAUUCCUAUAAAACGUAAUGGAAGCUUCAAAAGGUGCAAGUUAAGCACUUAAGAAGGAGAAGGUCGAAAUCUGAUUCUGAUUUGCGCAUCAUAUGCAUGCUUCUUACCGAGGGAAGCAAGGAAGGAAGUCAUGUGGGUGCAGGUACUUGCAGCGUUGAAAGCUUGUUGUGUCUAUUGGGGUUCUAUUGUUGGCGAAUUGGGAGGGAUGUUGUGCGUGUGUGUGUGUGUCUCCUCACUCGCUCAUGCACAAUGUCCCGGUACCAUCACAAUUGGUUGUUCUUGCUGGUACUUGACAUUGUACUAGCGCAAUUAUUAGCUGUCGUUUAUCGGGAUAACCCUUGGGUGUAUGGUUGUUCCUGAACAUACACCCUUUUGUGGGAGUUGAUCCCCCUUCCUUCCUGACUACCAACUUGAAAUGAACCCCGUGGCAUUUCCCCCCUGCCACAUUAUCCUCACAACCUACAAUCAGUUUCUUGAUACUGCCUAUCACACGGCUGCUCUUGCCCUUGGGCAUGAUCAGUGUUGCUAGGGGGGAUGGGGAGAUCUACUGCCAUGGAGACGCGUACUAUACUAGCAGAAGAACUCCCUUCAUUUUUCCCCCGCGAGGCCCAACCAACAGUACUCUCUCCUCUUCUUCUUGUGCCAUUUGGUCGCCUGGUUUUUGCGGGCUUGUUCUCCUUUUCCUUCCUUCCCCCCCCC